GGUGCUUUUGUCUUGGUCUUAAAAUGGGUCUCGGAUCUUCUGCAUAUCUUCAAGAAAAUUUCUGAUUCUUAUGAGUUUAUGGGGUGUGUGGUUACAAUUAGUUGGGUCAUUUGGAAUACCAUGAACAAUUUUGUGUUUAACCAUGUUGUUCCUAAUGCCCUUGUCACUUUGUUAUGGGCUCAGUGCUUAUGGUUUGAGACGGUGUGCUAUGCUAUGGGGAGACAUAUGGUGAUAGCAGUUGGUUUGCCUCAUCUGCAGCAACGAUUAAUGGACUGCCCAGGUCAGCUCCAAUCUUUGUCUUUGUGUUGUGAUGGUGCAUUCAAAAAGGCUGAAGUUGCGAUUGGGGUGAUCCUCAAAGAUUUUAAUGGGACACUGGAGGAUGGUAUA